UGCUCAAGCAUAUAAUCAUCAUUAGCUGAAACAAGGUUGUCAAUUGAAGAUAUUCUUUCCUCAAGAAGCACAAUGCAAGGUCUUAUGUGCGUGGUUAGAUCAUGCCAUGAAAAGCUCAAGGUUACAAUUCUACAGCACCCACAAUUCAAAAGCACGAGUGAGAUGAACAAAGUAUUCGUAAGAUUUGGACGUGUCAUCUCCUUCCCCACGGUGCUAAGCAAGGAAGCCAAUGACAUAAUUGUCGCAGAAUCGUCUACAAUGCACCAAAAAGGGUUAGAGAAUACAACAGUUGCUGAUGUUCUAAUGAUAAAAGAGGAAGAAAAAGGUAACUCGUGGAUUUGUUGUCGGACAAAUGACACAGUGUAUGAUGCCAUCAAACAAAUGGCAGUAAACAAUAUCGGGUCUUUGGUGGUUCUAAAGCCUGGAGAGAAUCAACUGAUAGCUGGAAUUAUAACAGAAAGAGACUAUCUGCGGAAGGUAAUUGUGCAGGAUAGAUCAUCUAAAUACACAAGAGUCGGAGAUAUUAUGACCGAGCAGAGCAAGCUGAUAACCGUCACAUCCGAUACAAAUAUUCUUCAAGCAAUGCAGCUCAUGUGUGAGCAUCACAUUCGACAUGUUCCGGUGAUUGAUGGGAAGGUAGUAGGCAUGAUUUCUGUAGCAGAUAUUGUAAAAGCAGUGGUAGAUCAACAAACUAGAGAAGUGAAGCAACUGAAUCAAUUCAUCAGGGGAAAUUACACUAUUGAAAACAAUAAUUAGCCUCAAAUUACAGUUUGUUGAUACAUGAAUACCAAUUUCAAAACAAACGUCAUUU